GGUAAAUCUAACACGUACUAACGUAUAUCCUCGCCCACCAGGUUUCUUGUUUUUAACCGACCACACCCACGGACUAACAGCUAGUUUCCCAAGAAUGCAUAACUGAAUAAUAUAACAAUAAGACUAUGAGUUACGUAUCGAAAAAUCUCACUGAUAUUUUACUUAAAAUAGAAACAGCUUACCAAUCAUCUCCAUCAGUAGGCCAAAAGUUGUGCCGCCUUGUUGCAGUUUCUAAAGAAAAGCCGAUACAGUCUAUCAUAGAAGCUUAUGUCGCUGGGCAAAGACAUUUUGCUGAGAACAAGAUUGUUCAUUUGUUUGAAAAAAGCCAUUCGUCUGAGGUAAUCAAGUGUUGCCCGGAUAUUAAAUGGCAUUUUAUUGGUCGAAUUCAAACCAACAAGAUCAAAAAACUGGCAGGUGUGAAUAACCUGUAUAUGGUGGAGACUGUAGACUCUAUAGAUCAUGCUCAGGCUCUUGAUUCAGCAUGGGGCUCAAUCCACCUUACCCCCUUGAAUGUAAUGAUUCAAGUUAACACGAGUGACGAACCACAGAAAGGUGGAAUAAAACCUUCUGAUGUAGUAGAUCUGCACAAACAGAUAGAAGCGAGGUGUUUGAAUUUGAGGGUUGUCGGUCUUAUGUGUAUAGGGCGAGAAGCAGUAGAUAUCGCUGCGGGCCCAAACCCAGAUUUCUUGAAACUUGUACAGUGUAGACAAAUACUAGCAUCUUCUUUAAGAAAGUCUCCUAUGGAUUUCGAAUUGAGCAUGGGGAUGUCUGACGAUUUCGAACAUGCUAUACACCUUGGAAGUACUAAUGUGCGCAUAGGUACUUCUAUAUUUGGACCACGAGAAUCACAUUAUGUAACUCAACGGCAUGUUACGGAUGAUGAAAAAACUUCCACUUGAUUUCUCUUCUUCGAUAAUGUUACCACGAUUCAACGAAUGGAUUCAUAUUUUAAACAGCUUUAAUUGUAAUCUUUUGUUCUGUAAAUGAAGUGUAUUACUUGUAUAUUUAUUCAAUAAAUAAAGGAGAUAUGAAGAGU